CUCCCUGCUCCCGUCGAUGGUGCUGAAACGCACUCCAAGGCGGGAAACAGUGCCGCGUAUCUACCGCGGGAAAUGCCAUCGGCAACCUUCUACUGCAUCUCUUAUUUGACUCGAUGCCCCGCGUUUUUCCCCCUCUUCUUUGUCUUUCGUCUUUCGCUCCGGGCUGGCUGGGCUGCCCCCGUCGUUUCACCGCGUCUCAUUCGUACAUUCUGGUGGUUCUUUGAGGAGCGAUUCUCUGCUUUUACCAUGCCUGCUAGCUGUGGAAACCGUGGUCGUUCUCAAGCGGCCCGAAUCUCGCGAAAAGUGUUGGCCGUUGCAGCGGCGAUGUUGGUGUUGGUGGGAGGGCAAUCUGCCAAUGCUGUGAAAAUCGGCAUCAGCAGCAACGACACAUCCUCGGAUCUCGCAACGCCAGACGUGCGCGCGCGCGAUGUUCUCACGCCGCAGAUGAGCGUCAACACGAGCAGCGUGCCCGCCACGUGCCUCGAGACGUGCACGCCCAUCUUCGAAACUGAAAAGACAUGCGCGACGAAUCUGACCUGCCUGUGCACGGACCCGGCGGCGCACAGCUUCGCGCUCUGCAUAGACUGCGUCGUCGGGACCGCCCCGAGCACGUUGGCGCAGAGUGCCGGGCAGGGCGUCAUCAGCGAUCUUGUCGCCCGGUGCGCACAGGACCAGAGACCGGUGGCGUCGCAGUCGCUGUCCCUAUCAGUUUCUCUGGAGCCGUCGGGGACUGGUAGGCCCGCUGCAACUGGUUCUGUCUCUGGCUCUGGACGACGGCUUGAGGGGCGGUGGGUGUCGGGGGUGGUGCUGGUGUCCGUGCUCACGGGCGUUGUCGCAACUUGUUGGUAGAGUCUGGUUUAUCCAAAUUUUUGGUGAUCGGGCGCCAGCAGGAAUUUAUAAGAUUGUCUGAACUUGAAAUUUCGAAAAACUUGGCAAAAAAUGCAG